GCGCGAGGGAACGAAAGGGGGUGAGUUGCGAAAAUCCAUCGACAUCCGCCUGAUUCGGCGUCUGAGCUGAUUGAGGCUUAUUGGUGCAACAAAAUGGCUGAUUCUGAUGAAGCGGAAAGCUCAGCUGGAGUCUCUCCUGACAACCGUGUUUCAGAAGUCAGGACCAGAUCUACCCUGUGUUCACUGAAGCACUCUAGAAAGGAAGCGCAAACUGAAAGUUCAGCGAGGCUUGCGAAGUACGGCCAAGCACAGGGUGGUCCCUCAGAUGGCUCUGUGAAGCCCGGAGAUCGGCUUAAGUGGCUUAGAUCUAAAAUUGGCCUCAAAGCCAUCUUCGAUUACCACUUCCGGAUAAAAGCGAACAGGAGGCGCAGAAGAAGGGGCUCAGAUCAGAGGAGAGAUGUAUGCAAGAGGAGAGCUAUAUGCAAGACCUCACAAGAGCGUACAAAGUUCAGGCGGAAGAAGAUCCCAACGGCUGAACUGAACAGGCAGUACACAGCGAGGGGGCUUCAGUUUCCUCUUGUAGAGAGAUGCUAUGGAAGGAAACAUCUUCCUUUUAAAAUGGUGUUUCAGUAUGAGGAAGCAGCUUUAAGAGGUUACUUCAAAUACAUUGAAAGGAUGAAAUACGAACACCAUCUCAAAGAAUCUCUGACACAGUUGGAUGCUGGGGGUGACCUUGAAAAGGAAUGUCUGGAGUCACGGAAGCACAAAUAUCUGGAUGACGACGGCCCUCUUUCACCCAUUGAGGAAACAAAUGGAGAGGACCCAAAUGGAAAUCCUGAUGAUGAAGACAUUGGUGCCAAGAUAGUGGAGAAAAGCUCUUUCAUAUUAAGUAGCAUAAUUCCAAAGAAGAAGAAAUGCAAGAGGAAGAAAAACAAUUGUGAAAUGAAUGACCUCGAUGAUACGACGAUGUAACUGAGUGUUCCAAGUCCAAAUGGGAGCAGGACGUGUCCAUGGCACCAGAUUGUGGGAAGAAAGGUGACUUGGGAUCGGAGUGGAAAGCCAUUUAAUGGCCUGGGCUUGGGGAAAUUCUAUUGAUACUUAUGGACUCUGAUGGCUUGCUGCUAGCCUUAGAUUUAUUCAAGUUCCCCGUGCAGUCAGCUGCUCAGCUUUGCUUUCUGUCCUCUUUUCCCAGUUGGAGACUCUGGGUAAAUGGACAACAAUCAUGUCCUGCUUUUUCUGUUACCUGGACAUGUUGGAUUUUAGAGGCAGUGAUUAACUGUUUGCCUGCAUAGCAAUCCAGCUUGGCAUUUGAUACUCAGAUCGCCUGAUCAGUGACUCGGCCUCAUGUUCAAAUCUAAACUGAUGGCAAAGUGCUGUGGAAAAGCCAGACCAAUCAACUGAAAUCAAUAUGCCAAUCGGUGCAUCUGAAGAACUGCAGGAAGUUACCAUGGCUCAGCUAGGAGUUUGAAAGGAGUUCACAGCCUUGUUUGUACCUUCUGAAUGGAGAAGGUGCUGGCGGUGGUGUGUCCUUCGUAGUAUUUCCCUUCCUCUUUGACAUACUUUGGUGUGCAUGUUUUCUUGAAUACUUGGCAGCAGUGUUACUGCAAACUUUUCCACCUGAUCUAUAGCUUCGUUUUGAGUGAAGAUCUCAACUUGGCAUGCUUCCUUGACAAUUUCUAAAAAGCCAAUUGGCUGGUUGGCCCCUUAAGCUUUUGGGAUUUAAUGUGGCCUGUUUGCUGACAUGAACUGAAAGGACACUUGGCGAAGACUUUUGGACAUGACAUACGUAGUUCAUGGUGCAAUAUGGCCUCCAUGGACAGGACUAUGUCUGUGCGCUGCAGUUUCACCAUCUCUGGUGUAAGAUGAAGUUGUCCCAUUAAAUACCUUGCUUUUCAGCAGGACUUCAUUCGAUCUGGAAAAUUAUUUGAUUGUCUGAUGCAAAAUAUAUUCAUAAGAACGUCCGUGAAACGAAACUGUAUCUAAGACUGUAUUUCCACAUUCUGGCUUUCAGCAUUCUUGGACGUAGAAGUUGCAGAAGAUCCUCUAGAUUGGCUCAAAGAGAUUUCCUUGUGAAAUGGUCUCUAAGACAUGGCAACAAUCAUGGAAGAGAAGAGAAAAGUCUAGACUUGGCGCCGAAAAGA